GAGAGGCGGUUUUCAGGGGGAAAUCAGAGAGAAAGAGAGAGUGCACUGAGAGGGAAGUCUGCGAAGAAAGUGACGAGAAAACAAAAGCUUUGGUUUACCUGGGAGGCUAUCUUUCGGAGAGGAAGAGAAAGGAGAGUGAGCCAAAUUAUAGAAAUCUACAUCGAGACCAGUAGUAAUAUAGUGCCUGAUCCUGCUUCAAGAUUGUAGAAAUUUCAUCAAAUAAUUUUGGUGAUAGAUAUUUGGUAUUAGUUUUACUGAAGUUCCAGGCUUGCUAGUUCUCUUUAUACAGUUAACUGAAACAAGCAACGCAACUGCAAAAUCGGAACCUCUCAAAUGAGUGCAGGUGGAGCAUUUGGUGGGAAUAGGGGACUUAGACCGGUACCCCCAGAAAAGGGUGUCUUCCCUUUAGAUCACAUGCAUGAAUGUGACGUGGAAAAGAAAGAGUAUCUAAGUUGUCUGAAAUCAUCCAGCCACAAAUCUGAGAAAUGUAGACACUUAUCAAAGAAGUAUCUACAAUGUCGUAUGGAAAAGAACUUGAUGGCAAAGCAGGACAUGUCAGAGCUAGGUUUUGCAAAAGAUUCUGAUUUGGAUGCUGCUCGGGUAGAAUAAUGGAAGGAUUGAUAAUUAAUGGUGAAAACCCUCAUCCCGUCUGGUACAUCAGAAUUUCCUUUCUGCAUAACUGGUGUACAUUCAUUUUGGAGUAUAAGAAAAUCUGGUGGGAAAUCAUAUUGAAAUACAGAUGAGAAUACUUCAAAAACCACUGAAGCUCAUAUUCUUUGUAGUUUAAGGUAUGGUAGAAUGAAUUUUAGUGCUGCAAAAUUUCAAUAUUUAUCUGUUCUGGAAAGUCGAUAUUCUUAUCUCACACAAAUUUCAUAUAUAUUACCUUGUACUAAAAAUAAAAAAAAUAAAGCGGGAUGUAAUGUUUAUGUGAAUGAUCAAAA